GGUCGUGAGAAAAAAAGCUAAGAUGGCGUCUCAUCAAGAAAGAUAGGAUGGCUUGAAGAGAGUGAUGAUGUUGGUCGGGAAAUGAUUGAUAACGAGAUAAUUGAUGAAGUUUAGACCCUCGCUUACUAUUAAACGAACUGCUGACAUCCAUGUUUUGAACCCGUGUGUUAGACAGAGCGGAGUAUAUGGAGAACUGAGGCUGGAAAAACGGUCAACUUUGCUAGCAGCGUCAAGCUAGCCAACUGGACCGAGCACAGCUGGCCAACGUUAGCUAACCACCAGUCAUCACAACAACAGAGGAAGGAGAACGGCCACCGGCCCUAUCACACCCCGGGACAUCGAGGUGUCUUCGGGGCAAUGGAAGGAGAAGAGUUUGUACCUCCUCCGGAGUGUCCAGUGUUUGAACCGUCAUGGGAGGAGUUUCAGGACCCCCUGGGCUACAUUGCGAAGAUUCGUCCAAUUGCAGAGAAGUCUGGAAUCUGCAAAAUUCGACCUCCACCAGACUGGCAACCGCCGUUUUCAGUGGAGCUGGAUACAUUCCGGUUCACACCCCGCAUCCAGAGGCUUAAUGAGUUGGAGGCGGAGACCAGAGUGAAACUUAAUUAUUUGGACCGCAUCGCCAGGUUUUGGGAGGUCCAGGCAUCCUCCUUGAAAAUCCCACAUAUUGAAAGGCGCAUCCUUGAUCUCUUCAGCCUGUCAAGGAUCGUGACCGAUGAAGGAGGUUUUGAGAUGGUCUGUAAGGAACGGCGCUGGGCUCGUGUGGCCCAGAGGCUUGGCUACCCUCCAGGCAAGAAUAUCGGUUCUCUGCUGCGCUCGCACUACGAGAGGAUCGUCUACCCCUUUGAAGUGUUCCACUCUGGUGCCAGCAUGCCGCAUUGCAAACCAAAGCACUAUGAUGGUGAGGAGGUGGAUAAAGAGUACAAGCCACACUCCAUCCCCCUGCGGCAGUCUGUGCAACCAUCCAAAACAAGCAGUUACGGACGCAGAGCAAACCGCUGCCAGCCUGACGGUCCAGAGGAUCUGGCCCCCCAUCCUCUCACCACUGGCUCUCAACUCAUCUCUGCGCCUGAACCGACAGAGGAAGACAUCGAGAAGAACCCUGAACUGAAGAAGCUUCAGAUCUACGGCGCAGGGCCGAAGAUGAUGGGACUCGGACUCCAGGCAAGGUACAAAGGCAUCAGGAAGAAAGAUGAACUGCCUCAAACUGUUACCAUCAAGGACAGUGUGUCUCCGCCUCCUGGUGAUACCUCGGUCAAAGCGGAGCCACCGGAGCCUCAAGAGAAGCCGAGUGACAGCGGUACAUCGAGCCCCCAACCGCCUCCUCCGACCAUCACAGUGAAGACAGAAGUGAAGAAGGAAGAACCACAGGUAGAGGGUGGUAAAGAGGAGGGGGACAAUGUUACAGAUGGACCGUGUACCAAAAUGACCAUGAGGCUCAGACGCAACCUCGGCAACCCGCAGUGUGUGGAUUCUUUUGUGUGUCGGAUGUGUGGUCGGGGAGACGAUGACGAGAAACUGUUGCUGUGUGACGGCUGCGAUGAUAACUACCACACCUACUGUCUGCUGCCCCCGCUCACAGAUCCGCCCAAAGGCAACUGGCGUUGCCCGAAGUGUUUGGCAGAGGAGUGCAAGAAACCUUCAGAAGCAUUUGGCUUCGAACAGGCCACACGAGAGUACACGCUGCAGAGUUUUGGGGAAAUGGCCGAUGCUUUCAAAGCGGAUUACUUCAACAUGCCUGUUCAUAUGGUUCCCACUGAGCUGGUGGAGAGAGAGUUCUGGAGGUUAGUCAGUAGCAUCGAGGAAGACGUGGUUGUUGAGUACGGAGCGGACAUCCACUCCAAAGAGUUCGGCAGCGGCUUCCCGAUGAACAAUGGCAAGAAGGAGCUCACAAAGGAAGAGGAGGAAUACGCCCGCAGCGGCUGGAACUUGAACGUGAUGCCCGUGCUGGAGCAGUCGCUCCUGUGCCACAUUAACGGAGACAUCUCUGGGAUGAAGGUGCCCUGGCUGUAUGUCGGCAUGGUGUUCUCAGCUUUCUGCUGGCACAUCGAGGAUCACUGGAGCUACUCCAUCAACUACCUGCACUGGGGUGAACCCAAGACGUGGUACGGGGUUCCCUCUGUGGCAGCUGAGCGACUUGAGGGGGUGAUGAAGAAGCUGACGCCAGAGCUGUUUGAGUGUCAACCUGACCUCCUGCACCAGCUGGUCACCAUCAUGAACCCAAAUAUCCUCAUGUCUCACGGCGUACCGGUUGUUCGUACCAACCAGUGUGCUGGCGAGUUUGUCAUCACCUUCCCCAGAGCCUACCACAGUGGCUUCAAUCAGGGAUACAACUUUGCUGAAGCCGUUAACUUCUGCACUGCGGACUGGCUGCCCGCUGGCCGGUCCUGUAUUGAGCACUACCGGCGUCUAACGAGGUAUUGUGUGUUCUCCCACGAAGAGCUCACCUGUAAGAUGGCUACCAGCCCAGAGAAGCUAGACCUCAACCUGGCUGCAGCGACGCACCGGGAAAUGUUCAUUAUUGUUCAGGAGGAGAGGAAGUUGCGAAAGGGUCUCAUGGAAAGGGGCAUCACUGAAGCAGAGCGGGAGGCAUUUGAGCUGCUGCCCGAUGACGAGAGACAGUGUGACAAUUGUAAGACGACGUGCUUCCUCUCGGCUCUGGCCUGCUCAAACUGUCCCGAGAGACUGGUGUGUCUCUAUCACACUCAGGAUCUGUGCAACUGCCCCACUGAAAAACUCUACCUCAGAUACAGAUAUACCCUCGAUGAGCUGUUAGCCAUGUUGCAUCGAUUAAAGGUUCGCUCCGAGUCCUUUGACUCCUGGGCCAACCGAGUGAAAGAGGCACUUGAGCAGGAAGAAGGAAACAAGAUAGGAAUUGACGACCUGGAGAUGCUGAAGACGGAAGCAGCGGAAAAGAAGUUUCCCGACAACGAACUUCUGCGGAAACUCAACACUGUUCUUAAAGACAUAGAACGCUGCCAGCGGACCAGUACUGAGCUCCUCAGUAACUCAAAGACCGGUGAAAGUAAGAUGACUUCGGCAGAGCUGAAGUCCUUGGUAGAGAAGAUGCAGAACCUGCCCUGUGUGAUCGCCCAGCUGGAGGAAGUGCAGGUGGUUCUGCGGACAGUGGAGGAUUUCCAGAGCCGGGCUCAAUUGCUGGCCAACGACAGGGACUGGAGGAGGGACUCCUCGCCACCUGAACAGUUGCAGAAUUUGUUGGAGCAGGGGGCUGAGCUGCUUGUUGUGGUGCCGGAGUGCAGUUUACUCCAGGGUCUAAAGGAGCAGGGCCAUUGGCUGGCAGAAGUGAGGUGCACACUGGGUACAGAAGGAGGGGAAAGGCAGGAGGUGAUGUUGGAUGUUCUGAGAAACCUGAUGGAGGCAGGCUGCAACGUACCCCAGAGUGUGUCCGUGGAGACGGCCAUGGCAGAGCUACAGGAGCUGCUCACCAUCGCGGAGCGCUGGGAGGAGAAAGCUCAGAUCUGCCUCGAGCAAAGGCAAAAGCAUCCUCUCUCCACUCUGGAGGCAAUAGUAAAUGAGGCCCAGCUAAUUCCAGUCAAGCUGCCCAACAUUCUCGCUCUCCAGGACUGUCUCACUCGAGCACGCGCCUGGGUAACGGACCUCGAGGAGAUCCAGAAUGGGGAGCAUUACCCGUGCCUGGAUGACCUGGAGGGCCUGGUGGCUAUUGGAAGAGACUUGCCGGUCUUCAUGGAGGAGUUAAGACAGCUGGAACUGCAGGUAGCCAGCGCUCAUUCCUGGAGGGACAAGGCCACCAAGACCUUCCUGAAGAAGAGCAGUCAGCACAGUCUGCUAGAGGUGUUAUGUCCGUGUGCUAAAAGGAGAGAGAGACGAGAUGAGCUGGAGCUGCUGGACGAGCCUUUAGAUGAUUCUGACACCAACACUCUGGGCCUCUCUGCUCAGGACCUGAGGGACCCUGCCGCUAUUGUGAUGGCAUUCAAAGAAGGGGAGCACCAGGAAAAGGAGGCACUGCUACGAUUACAGAAAUUGAACAUGUGCAAAUCUGGACUUAACGCCACAAAUUGCAAGGAGAACAAGGAGGACAAGGAGAACGGGAGGUGGGAGGACGCCAUGGAGACGGACACAUCCAGCCACUCGGAGGACUCUGUAAAGGAGAACGGUAACGGUAACCACACCUGCACCGCCCCUCCUCAGUCGGUGUGCGUGUGUACCGGUCAGCCUCGUGCGCCUCAGCUCCGCUGUCACCUGUGUAAGGACUGGUUCCACGGGGGCUGUGUUCCCUCUCCCGCCCUGCUCCCCUCCUCCGGACCACCGGUGAACCCCCUCUGCUGGUGGGACUGGGACUCGCGCUUCUUGUGCCCGCGGUGCCAGCGGUCACGGCGCCCGCGCCUGGAGACCAUCCUGGCGCUGCUCGUCGCCCUGCAGAGGCUGCCGGUGCGUCUGCCCGAAGGAGAAGCGCUGCAGUGUCUCACAGAGAGGGCCAUCACCUGGCAGGGCCGAGCCAAGGAGGCCCUAGAGACACCGGAGCUGCAGCAGGCACUCCAGCGGCUGCAAGAACUUAAAGAGACUCUCCAUUGUGAAACCGAGAAAAAGGAAAACGUGGAAAAGGACACAAAGGGGAGCUCGGUGAUCGUUUUAUCGGACUCCGAGGGAGGGGAAGUAGAGGAAGGAGUCAUUGAUCUCACAGACGAGAAUUCACCUAAAAAGAACACCAAGGAAAGCAACGGCACUCAGGCUGGAUGUGAAAAUGGCAUCAGCAAGAAGUCAAAUAUUACAGGCGUGGGCUCUCUGCUGCCCCUGCUGCCUCUGCUCAGAGGCCAGGUGGUGGAGCUCCUACCAGCCACCGAAGUCCAGCUGGAGGAGCUGCAGCUGGAAGGAGAUCUGCUGGAGGUGUCCUUGGACCAGACGCUCAACAUCCACAGAGUUCUGCAAGCUGCUUCUGUUCCAGAAAGAGAAACACUGCGCACACUCAUUCAGAUUGAGCUUGAGGAGCAGAGGCGAACUAACCGUGGACGAGCCAAGGACUCCAAACGAAAGAGAAAGGGCCACAGAGGAGGCAGCGGGGACAGGGCCGGAGAGCGGUCGCUGGACGCCUCCGAGUCAAAGAAAACCUGUCCCCUCAGCCCCUCCCCUCGGUUACCUGUCCAGACCAAUCCAGAGAUUUUGUGAUAUAGCCAACGCUGGAUCUCUGUUUAGACGGAUUAGUCGGAGGAAUGCCAGAAGAAAAGUUCUAGAAAGAUGCAGGACAUCCCCAUCCCUGUCCCCUACGUUCCUCCUCCUCCUCCUCCUCCCUCAUUCACACAUGCAGGCACUAACGGAGCAAUGACUCUUCUUCUACACUCCACCGUCUCAUCCUAAACUCAGCCAUAUCUCACCCGUCUUGAUUUUUUAUUUUUUUUUCUCAGACUCGCUGUCUUACCCAACCCUUUACUCUCGACCUUCCCUGGACUCAUUUUUCCUGUGAACAUAUUAAGACUGUGUUGGACCGAUGUGGGACGUACCGCAAUAGGAGUGUCUUUGGUCUAGAGUUGUCUCUGAGGUCAGUCAGUAUGCUACGUUUUCCCAACUGUAUUAAAGUUAGUUCAACCGAAGCCCGUCUCGGCAGUUGCCGUUUUCCUUCACUUGAGCCCACUCGUUGAAGUUGGAUAAGCUUUGGGGGUGUAUUUAGGCCGUUCUGUUUGGGCAUGGAUCCUGAAGCUGAAGUACAGCGAGGGUUUUGACUGCUGAUCUCGGACAACAGCGCCGCGGUCACACUUGUAUUUUUUUAGUUGUAUUGACUCUUGUGUUUGAUGCUGUUUUGAGGGGACACGCAUUUUGAAUAAAAGUACGUUUUGGGAAGUGUUAAAAACAGGCAUUAAUGUUUUUGGUGCUACUUUCCCAAAAUGGAUAUCUGUACCUCUUGGCUUUGUCUUUCUCCUCCCUUUCCUCCCCUUGAUGCCUUUUUUAAAAUUUAUUUUUUUUAAGCGACCCCUCCCUUUUGGCUCAAUACUUUAUUCCUUUAAGUCUCACCUCCUUUUCUCCCUCCCUCGUUCUCUCUCUUUGCAAAUUAAGGUAACUUCACUGUAACUCACUUGUCACAACUUAUUUUGUUUCCUGGGUUCAAAUAUUAUUAUUAUUAUUGAUAUUGCAGACACACAGUUGUCGUGGGUUCGUGUAUAAACUUUUCAUUUUAAUGUUGCCUUUGUUUCUUUUCACUCUUGUUAGAAAAAUAAAGGUUUAGAAUUGUUUAGGA